AGUGGAAGUGUUGGCUCAAACAAACGCAAUGGGAUGAUGCAGGGCCCUUCGCGUCCCAUGUUCGUGCGCCCGGGGCCCCCGAACGGGCCCGGCCCGGCUGGCCUCGGGCACUGGCAGCAGCGGACCCCGCCAGGCCAGCCUGGGAGAUCGGUGGCCAGCCCCACCACUCAUCAGGUCAGGGGCGUGGUGCCCAACAUGCCAGUGGGAAACCAGCUUUGGCAGGCGAUGCCUACGUUCCAGCCUGGUGAGGAGGACGCGCCGCGGAGCCCAGGGGGCUCCUUGGUGUCCUCGGUGGCCACCCUGCCUGCGGCAGCCGAUCAAGGUUCCAGCAGAUGGGGUGCCGGCAUCAACAUGCAGGAGGCGCUGGCCACGAUGGAGAUCCUGGCCUCGCGGGUGAACGAGUCCCUGGAGCACCUGCCCUCGCGCCUGGAUGAGGCGACCUCGGAGUUCCGGGCGGACACCAGCUCCCUGCGUGCGGAGAUCCAGGCGCUCUCGGAGGAUGUCAACGGCAGGAUCGCAGCAGGC